AUGGAGGAAGACGACGAAACUCAGUCACGUCCGUCGCCGGAAAAUUCCCUUUCACCAGAUCCGCCGAUCGGAGUUACAACCGAGGUCACGACGACCACCGCAAAGUCGUCUGCUUCAGCUCUACCUCCUCGGGACAUCGAAGAAGCGACGGAGAUUCUAAUCGAUGCGUGGGGAGAGAGAUUCUUGGAGCUAAAGAGAGGGAAUCUGAAGCAACAACACUGGAAAGAAGUAGCGGAGAUCGUGAACAGUGAGCGAAUCAACAAAUCUCUCAAGUCUGAUAUACAGUGUAAGAACAGAAUCGACACGGUGAAGAAGAAAUUCAAGCAGGAGAAAGCAAAAAUCGCAUCAACUGGUGAUGAUAGCAAAUGGGUCUUCUUCAAAAAGCUCGAACAUUUGAUCGGAGUAGCAACAACGUCGACUCCUUUGCCGCAGCGAAAGCGACUAGGAGGAGGUGUGAAAAGGAGUGGAGAUUCUUCAACUCGAUGGCAUUUCAGGAAACGAGUUGCUUCCGAGACGGAAUCAGAGUCUGAGCCUGAGCCUGAUCUUUCAGGUGACGACAGUCUACCACCACCGUUGUUGUCACCGCCGAUGGAGGAAUUGGAGAAGACCGGAGGAGGUAAUGAGCUUGGAGAAGUGGCAAUAGCGAUAUUGGGAUUUGCAGAGAGUUACGAAAAGGUGGAGACUUUGAAGAUUAAACAAAUGGUGGAGCUUGAGAAAGAGAGGAUGAAGUUUGCUAAGGAGAUUGAGUUGCAGAGAAUGCAAUUCUUUAAAAAUCAACUGGAGAUGUUUCGGAACAUUCAAGAGGAUGAAGAUGGUGAAAGAAGAAUCAAGAGUCAUCACAAUGUUAAGGAUAAUGGCAAUUUACAAAGUGAUGGACAGAGAGUCAUGAGGAACAAAGAUGGUCGCUAG